UUAUAAACUAAACACUGCCUUCUUUUAUUUGUUGUUUCUAUUCUGGUCUGAGCGACCCAAACUGACAACAUAACGAGGUUAGGGGCAUGCCAACCGGACUAUGGGAAUGUUUGUCAGAAGUUGAUCACAGGGAAGAGGCGAGGGUCAUUCUGCUGGAAGAGGACAACAGUUAAUUCAGUAAACCCUCUGGAUUCAAUAUGAAACGUCAGCACUUCAUUUACAGGACUGCAUACUGGGACUUAUAUUUUUAAUGGAUGGGCGAGGCGGCCAAUUACUUCCAGGAUGGUCUUUCGGACAGCUCAGCGAUUCAUGAUGGAGGGGGCCGCAUUUGUUUCAUUGUGAGGAAACUUUUAGUGAUAAGGUGGAGGCGCCCUUUGGCGGCCCUCAUUUUGAAUACAUGUAUACUGCUUCGACCUUAGCGACCUUAGUUUCUAAAGGCCAGCCAGACCGGGCUUUGUCUGAACAGUUUGAUGUCGACACAGGAACACAGCACGAGUUAUUUCCUGGCGCUUUCUCCCACUCACGGAGAGACGGUCUUGUCCCAGUACCAGGGCCUCCGCAAUGACAAACUGCUGUGUGAUAUCGUGCUGGUGGCCGAGGGGACCGAGUUCAAUGCCCACAGGUCUCUCCUCGCGUGUGCCAGUGAUUACUUCAGAUCGAUGUUUAAAGAUUACACCAAGGAAUCGAAGGCCAGCGUGGUUUAUUUACACAUGGUGUCAGCCACCGGGCUCCAGCACGUGUUGGAUUUUAUCUAUAACUCCUGCCUGGUGCUCUCCCUGGAGACCCUGCCGCAGACUCUGGAGACGGCCAGGUAUUUACAGGUGCUGGAGGCUGUUCACCUCUGCUCUCGCUAUCUGGUCAGCAGCCUGAGUCCCGGCAGCUGCUGCCAAGCCGCCAACGUGGCCGCCAGGUUCGCCCUGCCCGAGGCUCAGAGACGGGCUGAAGGUUACAUCUGCAGCAACUUGUGGCGCCUCCUGGCAGCGGGCGUGGAGGAGAGCGGCUUGAUGGAGCUGAACCUGGAGUCGCUGGCGGCGGUGCUGGAGUCGGAGCAGCUGCCCCGCCUGAAGGAGGAGACGCUGCUGGCCCUGCUGCUGGCGUGGCUGAACCGGGACAAAUGCCGGUGGGAGCAGGCGGACCGGCUGCUGCCCCACAUCAGGUACUGCCUCCUCCCCAGGGCGGAGCUGCACAGACUGGCCUCGGAGCCCCGCCUGCUGGAGGGGGUGGCCGUCCAGGGGCUCAUCGCCCGGGCCCUGGACUACCACCGGGCCGAGAGCCGGCAGCCGGUGCUGCAGAGCCGGCAGAGCAGGCUGAGGACGGGGGAGGAGGGGCAGCUGCUGGUGGUGGGGGGAGUCAGCCUGCACCAGGGAGCAGUCAGCAGCCUCUGGGCGCUCAAUCCGCUCAGCAGCGAGUGGAGAUCCGUCAGCCGGUGCCCCAGGAUUCAGAAUCACUGCGUCUGUGUCCUCGCCGACUUUCUCUUCGUCCUGGGAGGGGAAGAGCCUGAAGCGGCCGACCAGGAUCCCAAGAGUGUGCGGCUGACCAUCAGUAACCGGCUGCAGAGAUACGACCCCCGCUUUGACCGCUGGAGCCAGCUGGCCAACAUGCAGAGCCGCCGGGCACAGUUCAGCUGCUGUGUGCUGGACGGGUGCAUCUUCGCCCUGGGAGGUCGCUGCGGCCUCGGUGCCUCCCUGGCCGCCGUCGAGGUCUACGACCUGAGCAGCGGCCGCUGGGACAAGGUGAGGAACCUCCCUCACAAGAUGCACGGCCACGCCUGUGCCGUCCACAACGACACCAUCUACAUCUCCGGGGGCCAGCAGGACGGCCAGGCGGACAGCAGUAAGGAAAUGUUCUCCUUCCACCCUCUGGAAGCCCAGUGGAAGAGGUGCCCGCCCAUGAGCAUCGCCCGCUUCGGCCAUCAGAUGGCCACGGUGGGGGACCGCAUCUUCUCCUUUGUCGGCAUGUACGAGCCCUUCUGUGACAUCGAGUGCUACGAGCCGCUGCACCAACAGUGGCAGCGGCUCAGACCCUUGCUCUUUGACCGCUCCUGCUAUGGCCUGGCGGUCGUGGAUACAAACGUGUACCUUGUCGGGGGCAAGAAAUGGCACAACUCACAGGAGGUGGCUGCCCAGAACGCGAUCGUGUACGACACCAGCACCGACACCUGGAGAGAAGCCUGCAAACUCCCCUUGCCCUUUUGUGGGGGUCAGUGCGCUGUGCUGCAGCUCAUGGAUCUACCCGAGGCGGAGGACAAACUGAACAUGGAAUUGCACAAUUAGAAAAUUCCUUUGACACAAUUCAGAUAGGUCUCACCUUGAAUAAAGCAGAUGGCUUUCCCGCACUCUGUCCAUUACCAAUGACAGCUUGAGAUGGACAAACUGACGGGGUGCAUUCAGGCAAUGGAGUUAAUCUUCAUUUCUACAAAACCCCAGCCUGUUUUGUUGGCCAUAGCAUGCCAGGAAACAGAUGUUACUUUUUGCUAUAGCUGAAAUUUACUAAACAAGUUAGUAAAUGGAAAUUAAAAAAAAACUCACAUGAAAACACCAUUUAUCUAGCUCACCGUCCUCCCCCAAAUUUUUGACUGAUUUGGAUCGUUUACCUUGGAGAAGGUGCAUUGGAGAUUUACUAGAAUUAUGCCAGGGAUCAGAGAUUUCAGUUAAGUGGAGAGACUGGAGAAGUUAGGAUUUUUAGGAGUUUAGAGAAGAUGAAAAGAGGAUUUAGUAGAGGUUUUGAAAAGUAUGAGGAUUUUGAAAGAUUAGGUAAAGGAGAAACUGUUUCCACAGUAAGGAGGAUUGACAACCAGGGGACACAUCGAAAAUAAUUGAUAAAAAGAACCAGGGAUGAGGAGAAUUUUUUACACAGUGAGUUGUUACAAACUGGAAUGCAUUACCUGAAAGGGUGGUGGUUGCAGAUUCAAUAGUAACUUUCAAAAGGGAGUUAGUUAUUUACUUGGAAAAAGGAAAGAUUUUCAGAGCUAUGGGCAGUGAGCCAAGAAGUGGGGCUAAUUGGAUAUCUCUUUCAAAGAGUUGGCAUAGGUUCAAUGAGCCAAUUGGCCUGCUGUGCUGGAUGAUUCUAUGAUUUCUGAGCACAAGGUUUUCACAAUCCUUGUCUGCAGGUUUAUGUGAAUCUGAUCUUGGGGUGCAUUAUUUGAAGGAUGCUGAAGCCUGUAGAUCCAUAUUAUGCUGUGAGUUGUAUCUCUCUGUGUGCUCAGCUAUCUUUAAAUGUUAAAUGAGAGGGUGGUAGCAGCCUCCAAUAUUUUUCUACAUUAAAAUGUUUCUAGCAGGUCUGUUGCAUGCUAGGGUAUUUUACAAUGGUGCCUUUUUUGACUUGACUCUCAACAAUAUGCUUUCUUCACCCCUCCACAUUGCAAAUCACUUCACAAUAUAAUAGCACAAGAGUGCGGUGAAAGUACUAGUGGGGGACGAGAACGAACAGUGCACUAUGUUGGAACUUAUUAAUUACAAACUAAAUAGGAAGUAGGAUUCUGCAAAUGACAUGAUGCCAAAAUUCACAAGUAGCUUAUGAAACUCAAUUCAAGAGUUACAAAUUUAAUAAUGUGUAAGAAUUAAAUAUAUUAGUCAGCCGCAUUAUGUAUUACAUUUGUACAGUUAGUUCACCUAUCUGCUGUCACCUGUAUGUGCAUUGUCAAGUUAGUGAUAUCAAGUUGUUUGGGUCAUAUUUUAUUUCAAAGGAAUUUUGGCCAAAUUUCAAUGUCCUUGCAUGAUGAUUUCAUGUGAACCAAUUCCAAUGUUGCAGGCAGGAAACCCAACAUACACCACAUGUAGGAAGGUUGUCCGGGUUGAUUGGCAUGUUAUCAGUUUAACUAAGACUCCAUGAUAAGUACAGUGAUUUUCCAAUAUUUUACAGCACUAUCGUGAGAUUAACUUUUGUGGGACAUUCACGAUUAUGUGGAAUUUGCAGCUUGCGAUAAAUACACAGGUCUACACACACCAUUUGGUUGCUAUCCUUUUUUUUCACUGUGCACUUAGAACAACUAACUUGGGUCCAUGAAUCUUGGGCUCUCAGAAAAAAAAUGGCAACGUAUUUGUUAAUGUUUGAAUGUGACUUGCCUAUUGGAAAUUAACUAUUUUCGGAAUAAAAUUAUUUAAACUCA